AAAACCGACCGUCCAAAUACCACAAAUCUAAAGUCCUACAAAGAGACAAAACAGACUCGAAACUCGAGGACGUGCAUUUAAACUACAACUUCUAGUUCUACACUUCUCUUCGGAAGUCCACAGAGAGAAAGAGAGAGAGAGAGAGAGAGAGUCCCAGCUCUGUGCUUUGGCAUCUGGGGAGAAGAAGACGAAGGAACCAGCACAAAUUCUCUUUUGUGCAACCGCGACGGGUGUUUUCUCGACACGGCCGCACUUAUACUGGAGAUCAACGACAGUCGUCCGCUUGUAUAUGCGGGUACGGACUGAUAAGAUGGUGGAAAUGAUGAUGAAGAACCAAACAUCACACCGGUGGUGGUUUGACAGCCACAACAGCUCAAGGCGCUCACCAUGGCUCCAAUCUACUCUUGCCGAACUAGAUGGGAAGACGACGGCCAUGCUAAAAUUGAUCGAAGAGGAUGCAGAUUCAUUUGCUCAACGAGCUGAGAUGUAUUACAAGAAGCGACCAGAGCUGAUCAGCAUGGUUGAAGAGUUUUACAGAGCUCACCGAUCAUUAGCUGAGCGAUAUGAUCAAUUGAAGUCUGACUCUAGCACUCGCCUCCUUACAACCUUGGGGUCUCCAUUUUCUUCCACUAAAGAUCGACUGGAGAAGUUAACAAGUAUGAUGGAUCAAACGGAUGAUGGCUACUCUGAGACUUGUGACCCUGAGGAGUCCGUUGAGUCUGAAGUUGAUGAUCCUGAACUAGAUUAUGAAACUGAAGUUGAUCAAGAAAUAAAGGCAGAGGCCAUUCCAAGUGGGGUCAGUAAUGAUGAAGUGAAGAAGUUGAGGGAAGAGAUAGAAAGACUUAAAGAAGAGAACAUAAUUCAACGAGAUCUACUAGUGCAGAAAGAUGAAGAGAAGAGAGAAGUAAUAAGACAGCUGAGCUUGGCAGUGGAUGUGCUUAAGGAUGAAAAUGUGAAACUGAGGAAGUAUCUUGCUAGAGACUCCCCCAACCCAAAGAAACGGGCUCCUUUUGAGUUCAACAUAUUUAAGGGGGCAUUUCUGGGGAAGUUGUUUAAUGGGCCUCCGAAGGUUAGUGUUGUUGCUUUGUAGAAGUGGGUAUAUUCUGGUGAAUAGGGUAGUCUGUAGCACAGUCUAGAGAGAUGUCUAUAUUAAGGAAAUUUCCCUUCGAACGCAACUCGGAAAGUUAAUCUAACGCUACUUUU